AUGGCCGACUCGGUGCUCAGCACCCUCUGCGGAAUCUGUCACGCCGAACCACCCAAAUACAAAUGCCCGCGCUGUCUCGCCCGAACGUGCUCAUUAGCAUGUACUCAGAAGCACAAAAUUAGAGCUGACUGCUCUGGCGUCCGCGACCCUACCGCCUUUGUCCCCGCCACCCGUCUUCGUACCACCGCCGGCAUCGACCACGACUACAACUUCAUCUCGUCUAUCGAGCGCGCCUGCAAGCGCAACGAGCAAGAGAUCGUCGAAGUCCGCAAAAUCCUCAGCGACAAGGAUAUACAUCCCCAAAACGAGGACAAGGCUUUCGUCAAGGAGUGGCACGGCGACGAGUUGCGCCAUGUCCCCGUCGGAACACUGCCACCACCGAGCUGGAAACAGCACAAGAUGCAAGAGGAAGGCGCAUGGAUAUCCGGUUUCAGCAGACUAGUACGCCAGAGGCUGAGGAAACUCAACAUCGAGGCCGUGUCCAUGCCCAAGGGCAUGACAAGACAGCGCGAAAACGAGACCUCGUGGAACCGAAACAACCAAUGCGUUAACUGGCAAGUCGAAUGGCUUCUUUUCAACGUCCCCGGUCUCCCUACGACUGGCCAACAACAACAACCACACCGAAUCCUCCACAAAGCGCUCGAAAGCAAGCCUCUCAACCGCGCCUUAGCCGAAACCCUCGCCUGGUACCGCAGACGCCUGUCUCGACAAGCUCAAGAAACCGAAACUCUCCCCGAUCCCUUCGACCCCGCCGGCGAAGACCAGCUAGACGCCGACGGCCGUCCCCUCAAGCGCCGCAAACUCGAAUCCGGCUUCGCUCCAACGAAAUCCAAGAAAAUCACCGAAAUCAUCGCCUCUCCUUACCUCUCCUCCCCACCGCAGAACCCGCUCACCUCGGCCUGGUCCACCGACUCGCCCUAUACCAUGCAAUACCCCCUCACCGGCGCCUGGUCGCAAACCGCCUGCGACGGCUUUGCUUCAAUUCCCAAAACCGACGACGAGGAAAUCAUUGACCAAUCCCGCUUGUUGGCGGAAUGGCGUUUCUUCUUGCACAAAACCUGGGCUCCUACUUCCUCUGCUUCUUCUCAAUCCGGGCAGACGAAACCCAACGGCAAACUGCUGAUCCCGCUCAACGCGACCAAGAAUUUCUCACAUGCUCUGCGCGGUAGGACGGUGGUCGAGUUCCCGACUGUUUACGUCUUACCGCCUGGUGGGGACUUGCCGGAGGGAUUUGGGUAUGCGGAUACGAAGAGGAGGAAGGAGAGAGUUGCGAAGAUUGUCAAAACCGAGGCGGGCGAGGAGGGAGAGUCUGCAAGCAGUUCGUCGUCGUCUGACUCUGACGCAAGCGACUCUGAUUCUUAUUUAAAUGAGUCGUCGGAUGAGGGCGAAGUAGAGGAGAUUUCUUCUAAUAAUCCUAAUGGAAGGAAGAGGCAGUUUGGAUCGCAACAAGCUGCGUUCCGAAGGGAUCAGCGCGAUCAACGCGGUGGCAGUCGAGGUGGAGGGAAGUGGGAGCGGGGUGGCCGUGGCGGUCGGGGCGGCCGCGGAGGGAGAGGUGGUGGUGGUGGAGGGAAGAAUGUCCGCUUUGAGACUACUGAAGACCAGGGGCAGACUGAAGAGGGUGAAGUGGGAGGAGGAGAGGUGGACACGGUAGCGCUAGAAGCAGCUGUCAGGCAGGCUGCUUCUGGUGACUUUGACGUCAUCUUGAACCGCCGUCCGACCCGGGAGGCAGCGGAGGACGGCGAAAUCAAUAGCGACGGUGACGAAGUGAUGGCCGAUGCUGAUACCGGGUACCGCGGGGGUCGCGGAGGGCGCGGCGGACGCGGUCGUGGCCGUGGUGGAUCCCGUGGUGGAAGAGGUGGUCGCGGUAAUUUUCAGCAGCGAGGCGGUGGCAGAGGCGGCCAGGGACAUGGAGGUCGUGGAGGAUUUGGAGGCGGCCAACAGCAGCAGCAGCAGAGGAUCAAACAGGAGACUGAAGCACCUACCCAUAUGGGCGUGAAUAUGGAACUUGACGCUCCAAGGCAAGAACAACAGCGUAUGGCGGAGGAACCACCACAGCAGAAGAAGCCUGACACAGGCAACAAGGGCGGUGGCGGUGGACUCGGUGGACUUGUCAACUACGGGUCCGAUUCCGAGUAG